AGGGUGCGUUUUCACUGUGACACACCAUUCGGCACUCUGUGUCCCACCUGUAUUUGUUUCCCCUCGGCUGGGUUGAAAGUCAUGGCAGGUCCUGAUCUGAUAAGAACUCUUCUCUAUACCGUCAAUAAUCUUCUACAGCAGGAGAAAUAUAAAGCGGCGUUGGCAGUUUUGAAGGGCUUCAGGAAUGGCGCUGUAUAUGGGGCCAAAAUCAGAGCACCACAUGCCUUGGUUAUGACAUUUCUAUUUAGAAGUGGCAGUUUGAAGGACAAGUUCAAAGCCAUUUUGAAGGCCACAUACACCCACUCCAGAAACCUGGCAUGCUUUGUGUUCACAUACAAAGGACUGCAAGCUUUGCAGCAGAAACUCCAAGGAAAGAGUCUACAGUCUCACUCAUUUCUGGCUGCCUGUGUUGGAGGAUGGUUAGUGUUUGGAGAUAACAACAACAUUAAUAGUCAGAUCAACAUGUACCUGCUGUCCAGGAUCCUGUUCGCCCUGGCUCGGCUGGCUGUAGAGAAAGGAUUCAUUCCGCAGCCUAAACAGGAUCCUUUCCCUCUCUUUGCCACGCUAGUUUGGGGUAUCGUUCUGUGGUUGUUUGAGUAUUACCCACACACUCUUCAGCCAUCACUGCAGUCUUCCAUGAACUACCUCUAUCACGACAGCAACGUGUGGCAUGACAUUUCAGACUUCCUUGUUUACAAUAAGCCAAGAACCGCUCCUCAGAACUGAAGCCCCCCCCCCCAAAUGUGAAUUUGCAUUAUAAUGAUUUAUGACUAGUUUGUAUUUCAGUGUUGUAAUUUGUGUGUGUCAGUAUGCACAAGGUUUUUAGCUAAAGAGCUAAACCAGCAUAUUUUCAUAAAUUGCUAAAAUAUAUUUUAUGCAGUACUUCUAUCUUGUAUGAUUUUCUGUUCAUAUUGUAUCUGAUUGUACAGAUGUUUGAUUUGAAUUUCUGAUUUUCCAGGGGUAAAUCACUCAAUGCAGCUGCCAUGUAAUUAAAAAAUAAUAAUAAACUCAUACUGAAAUUGUUACCUCUUUUAACCCUGUAACUACACAGAGACAUACUGUUGGUAGUCAUAACUGAGCUGAUUAAGUUGAAAAUUGAAAACAUUCUUAAAUAUUCAGUCAAUAAAGAAUAAAAGACUGGCAGCUGUUUUUUUUUGUUUUUUUUUCCCAGCUUAAAUCAGAAUUGUUAAAAUGCACCACUCUUUCUGCAAAGCUUUAGGUAAGUUUGGAUGAUUACCCAAGUGCUUUUUUUUUUGUUUUUUCCAGUGAAGUUUUUUUUUUUCCAAUGAAGUGGUGAUUCACUCAUGACGCUGGAUCUUAAGACGAAUCCUUCCCAGGAAUACACGCACAAGAAAUACUGGGUGUGCAUGUUAUAGUUUUUGUUAAUUUUGCUUAAUGACAC